AUGCUCGCAACUCGACCGCUCUCCGUCGCCAGCUAUCCGCGUUACGUCGGCGCGAGCCAGGUGGUCUCGCCGCUUGUGCCGCACCGCAACCUCCUCCCGCUGCGCGCGCACCCGGCCUCCUCCCCGCCUCCGCCUGCGCACCCCGACCGCCCGCCCCUCCCCCCUCCCCCCGCAGGCUGGGAGCGGAGCCUGCACGCGGCGCCCGCUGCAUGGCCCAAAAGCAUCGCCGAAGCCACGGGGCCCUUCUCGCGCGCCGAUCACCCGUUCCGCGCCAAGCCUGCGCCCGCCAAAGAGAGCAAGGAGGAGCGCGCGCUGCGCAUCGCCGGCGAAAAGGACGCAUGUAUGCGCCUCCGGCUGGCCGCGGACCAUUGGUCGCUCGAGGAGGGCGUGGCCGCCGGGCAGGCGGGGCAGUGGAUGGCGGCGGAGCGGUGGAAGCGCCGCGAGCGCGUCCCAGGCGGCCUGACGCUCGUGCUCACGCACGCGUGCGGUUUGCAGAAGGAGCACUGGAUACCGUUGAUGGCGGAUCUGCUGUCGCGAGACCCAGGCACUCCCGGAGGGGAGUUUGGCACUGGCGACGCAAUCGGCGGCACCAAUGUCGCCGUCAACGACGUGUGGAUGCUCGACGACACGCACCAUGGCGCAAGCGUCGACUUGAAUGCCGGCCGCCUCGGCCCCGCACACAGCUGGAGCGACACGGGGCGCGACGUCAUCAACUUUGUCGAGCACGUCCUUCCCGAGGUUCAAGCGGCCGAAGGCGAGGCGCCAUGGCAGUUGGCAUGGCACGACCGCACGGCGGGGCGGACCGCGCCGCAGGUCGUCGGCAUUGGACACUCGUACGGCGCCAGCGCACUUGUGCAGGCGGCCAACGCGCGCCCCGAGCUCUUCUCCUCUCUCUUCCUUAUCGAGCCGAUGUGUGUGCCCCUCAUGGUCAACUUCCCCGACAAGGGAUAUCCGCUGACGGCGGGCGCACUGAAGAGGCGCUCACAUUGGCCCAGCCGUGAGGCGGCGGCGGCGGCGGUGCGCACCAACCCCAUGUUCGCAAGCUGGGACGAGGCCGUCUUCGCGACGUGGCUCUCGCACUCACUCGUCCCCUCCGACCCGGCGCAGCCCGACGGGCCUGUCGAGCUCGCAACGCCGACGUGGGCUGAGGCCGCCGUCUUCUCAGACCCCCACUCUACGCUGCGCGGCUGGGACCUCCUGCCCAACCUCGAGAUGCCGACAGGCUUCCUUAUGGCCGGCGACGAGGUGUGGAUGGCCGGCGAGAAACUCGCGGGCGAGAUGGUGUGGCGGCCUAAGCGCGCGCGCAACGAGCGUAUCAUGGACGCGACGCAUCUCCUCAUCCAGGAGAAGCCGGUCGAGGCCGCCGCGUCGCUGUGGCGCUUCUUGACGACGCUGGAUGCAGGCAAGUGGGACAAGUAG